CAUGAGUCACAGGCGGAGGCCCUGAGCUGGUCUGGACCUCCUUCCUCCUCUGUCUUUGCCCUGAGCCCUAGAGUUGGGCACUGUCCCUUUAACACGGGAGGAGGGGCCAAGGCAGCCGGAAGCCAGGCAGAGCCUGUGCCCCAGGGACAGCCUGCAGCAGGACUGGCACUGGCCGAGGUAGUCCGGGGACUUCAGGCAGGGAGCCUUGGGGGUGGCAGUGACAGCAUGGAGAGCCACGGCAAGACAGAGCCCUUCCACGUGGCCACACCCCUGCUGGAGAGCUGGGCGCUGUCCCAGGUGGCGGGCACCGCUGUCUUCCUCAAGUGUGAGAACAUGCAGCCCGUCGGCUCCUUCAAGAUCCGGGGCAUCGGGCACUUCUGCCAGGAGAUGGUCAAGAAGGGAUGCAGACACCUGGUGUGCUCCUCAGGAGGCAAUGCAGGCAUCGCCGCUGCCUACGUGGCCCGGAAGCUGGGCAUCCCCGCCACCAUCGUGCUGCCGGAGGGCACCUCCCCGCAGGUGGUGAGAAGGCUGGAGGGCGAAGGGGCUGAGGUUCAGCUGGCAGGAAAGGUCUGGGAUGAGGCUAAUGUGAGGGCACAGGAGUUAGCCAAGAGGGAUGGCUGGGUGAAUGUCCACCCAUUUGACCACCCCCUGAUAUGGGAAGGUAACGCCAGCUUGGUGCGGGAGCUGAAGGCAGCCCUGGGAACCCCGCCAGCGGCCCUGGUGCUGGCCGUGGGGGGUGGGGGACUCCUGCUCGGGGUGGUGACUGGCCUGGUGGAGGUGGGCUGGCAGCAUGUGCCCAUCAUCGCCAUGGAAACCCGUGGGGCACACUGUCUCAACGCGGCCACAAAGGCAGGCAAGCUGGUCACACUGCCAGACAUCACCAGCGUGGCCAAGAGCCUGGGUGCCAAGACGGUGGCCGCCCGGGCCCUGGAGUGUGCCCUGGAGUGUGAGAUCCUCUCUGAGGUGGUGGAGGACGCUGAGGCCGUGUAUGCGGUGCAGCAGUUCCUGGACGAUGAACGGAUGCUGGUGGAGCCCGCGUGUGGGGCAGCCUUGGCCGCCGUCUACUCCGGCCUCCUGGGGAGACUCCGGGCUGAAGGCCGCCUGCGCCCUGCCCCGGCUCCAGUUGUGGUCAUCGUGUGUGGGGGCAACAACAUUAACAGCCGGGAGCUGCAGGCUCUGAGAACGCAGCUGGGCCAGAGCUGAGGUGCUCCGGCCUGCGGGGGCUGCGAGGGCCCCAGGGAGCCCUGGGAGGUGCACGGACGCCCUUGUGGACAUGGUGGAGGCUGCCCUGUGUGUCUGCACAGGCCGCCGCCCGUGGGAGCCCUCCCGAGCCACUCCCGCAGCCCCUAAUAAACCUUUUCUUGGUUAAGUUUGCACCUCCUGCGUGUCCCAUGUUUCUUCAUCCACGAGCUCAGAGAUCCUGCAGCAGCCCUGGGACACACGGCUUGAAGACUCAGGUCUAAAGGACGCCAGCCCAGCUGAGCGCCUAAGGGCUCUGCUCCCCAGAGAGCCAGCUCAGGUGCCCAGGUCAGGAGGGGGAGGGGGACCCAUUUCCUGUCCCCCCCAUAUGCGUGCCAUGUGCCUGAUGCUCUUCUGGGGGCUUCCUGCCCACUGUCUUCCUUAGUGUCCUUUGACGAAGAGGCAGCCAUCGUUACCACCUGCCUUACGUAUGGGGACACAGAGGCUCGGGACGUUGUCAGAACUCACCCCAGGGCACGCAGCGCGGUCUUCAAUGCCCCUCGAUGUGAGUGGGAUCUCGAUUCUCUGGGAGGGGGUAAGUGGGAGGUCGGGAAGCGGGUAGGCCCCCCUACCCCCACCCGGGUUGGUCUGGGUGCACCUGGGGGUCACAGGGAGAAGCCUGGAACCUGGCCCCAGGGCCGCUGGGCUGCUGGGCCGCUGGGCAGGGCUCUUAGGAGCCGGCGUGGGAAUUAGACGCUGUGCAGCCACAAGGGGUCAGCAAAGUGUCUCCGAUGGGGCAGGCUGGCUCAGGGCAGGGGGCGCCCCCGGGUCCUCCUGACUUUGUGCUCUUGGACCCUACCCUAGCUGGGGGUGCCGAGGGCAGGGAGGGGCCUUUCCCAGCCCCCCACAGCUUUGCCAGCAGACGACACUCAGAGAGUAUGCGGUUCACCCUGCAUUAGAGCCCCGGUUGGGGCCCAGCUCCUGCCCGCUUCUCCAGCUCCCCGGGCCCUCUGGCCUGCUCCAGGAGGGCUGCGUGACCUUGGACAGGUGCCCUGCCCUCUCUGGACCUCAGGCUGUAGAAGGCCCACCUCCUUUCCCUCUAGCUGGUGCCAUCUCCUCUGUCCCCACUGCUUCUGUCUUGUUCUAACCUGACAGCCCUUGGCUGCCAGGGGUUCCCCUCCAAAAACUCCUGGGACCCAGACCUCUUUCCUUGGAGCCCCAGAGCUGGACUCAGCCAGACCUGAGCCGGAACUCUGUCCUGACUUGCUGCUAGCCUGGCGACCUUGUGUUCCCUCAGUGUUCUCAUCUAUAAAAUGGGUUGUUCGAGGAUUAUCACACAGACUCGGCAUCUUUGAGUAGGUGUUGGCUUUUCCCACCUUCUGAGCGUGGCCUCCCCACUGCCAGCACCCAGGAGCACAGCGGGGCUAGGACUGAGCAGCUGUGGCGUGCUGUUGGCUUUCGCCAUGUUUCUCCUCACCACACAGCAGCCCACACGACAGACGCUGCGAUCAUUCCCAUUUUGCAAGCAAGGAAACCUGCACAGAGCCGUUGGGCCACUUAGCCCAGGUCACACAGCUUCAGGCUCCUUCAUCGAGCAUUGCUGCUCUCACUUCUUGCCUCGUGCUGAGUCCCCUGCCUGUCAUGCCCUCCCUGCGUGUGCAGGUUCCUCAAAGCCCAGGGAGAGUGCAGACUCCUCUCGGAAGCCUCCCUGGAUUGCAUCAGCCAGUGAUGAUGCUUUUUCUCCCCCCACCACCCCCACCCCAUGCUUUUCCUGGUCAGCGGCAGCACCCACCUCAGUGGCAGGUGCCGUCUCCCAGCCGGGCCACCCUGGACGCAUGCUGUUGGCUGCCCCUCCUGGGAGGAUCAGCAGCUGCUGUUUGCUCCUCUCCUGGUCUCCGAGGGCCAGAGAUAAGAAGCUGAGAGGCUGCUGACGCUGUCCAGAUAACACGCCUCGGGGAGGAGCCCAGGUCAGCCCUUCCUGCUUGGCUCCUGAGUGACACUGAGAGCAGGGAGGAAGCGCAGGGAGGGAGCAGGGCAUAGCCGUGACAUCGGUGCCACACCAUGGUGGUUAGGCGCUGACUUGGCAGGCGAGGGCUCUGUGCUCAGGGACUCCGCUUUGCCUCUGCCUCCUGGGCCUCUCGGCUGGUGAGACGGGGACAUCCCAGCAGGUGCUGGCAGCAGGGGCCCCUCUGUUUGUCCAGAGCUGCACGGAGAACACUGCAGGCGGGGCUGCCAGGUGUGUGCACCUGCCCCAGGUGUGCCCCGCCCCCACCCCAGCUCGGGUGCCUCUCCCGGGCCCUUUGGGAUCCUCGUGGCUUCUGGCAGCGGAAGCUCCCUCUGCCUUCUCACCAACCUGACCCUAACACCCCCGCUCCGUGUCUCACCUCCAUCAGGCGACAGGGAGACUUGGAAUCUGGCCUCUGGCUGGCAAAGAGGCUGCUCUCAACCAGAGCCGGGCCUGGCAGGGGCCUGGGGGCCCCGGGGCCCUUGCUGCUCCCCGCUCGCCAGCCUGGGCAAGGGCCCCAGCAGCUGCAGAGGGGCUGACCCUCGGGUGCAGGAGCGACGGCUCCGGUGGGUGCUGUGUCUCAGGCCACGCAGGCUGCGGGAACAGAAUGGCAGACCCAGCAGGGGCUCCUAACCACCAGACCCUUCUUUCUCACAGUCUAGAGGCUGUGAGACCCGAGACCAAGGUACAGGCGGCGUGGGUGUGGUGAGGACCACGCCUUCACAGGCAGCUGUCCCCUCCCCUCCCCAGGCCUCACGGGGUGGAAGGGUCUCUUCGGGUCCUCUGCUGUAGGAGUGCUAAGCCCUCGAUGACAGCCCCGUCCCCGAGAUCCAACCACCUCCUCAUCCUAACAGCACCCACUCGGAGGUUAAGACUUCAACAUGUGUGGCAAGUAUUUUGGUGCGGCGAGUUAAGCCAGCAUCCCGUAUCAGAGUCCUGGCUCCUCCACUUCCCAUCCAACGCCCUGCUAAUGCACCUGGCCAGGCAGCAGAGGCUUCUGCAAGGACCUGGGUCCCUGAUACCCAUGUGGGAGACCGGGAUGGAAUUCUGUAGCUCUGUGGCGUAGGGUAAAAUGGCCACCUGCAGCACUGGCAUCCCCUAUGGGCACUGGUUCUAGUCCUGGCUGCUCCAUUUCCCAUCCAGCUCUCUGCUAAUGUAUCUGGGAAAGCAAUAGAGGGUGGCCCAGGUGUUUGGGCCCCUGCACCCACGUGGGAGACCCGGAAGAAGCUCCUGGCUUCUACCUGGCCAGUGCCCAUAUGGGCUGCUGGCACUGCAGGUGGUGGAUUUACCUGCUAUGCCACAGCGCCGGCUCCACGGAGCUCAUGUUCUAAUGGAGAGUGAUAGGUGUGACAGAGCCCCAGCAAGCAUUGAGUAUGCUGGGUGCUGUGAGUUUGUCAGUAAAGGUGGGACGGGAGAAGUGGGGGUGGAUGACCAGGAAAGGGAGGGGAUGUUUUGCUGUGUUGGAGUAUGUGAAAUCAAUCCUCAACAAUGCAUUGUACUCAUGAUUUACAGUAACAUGGGUGGAGAGAGAGAGAGAGAGAGAGAGAGAGAGAGAGAGACCUUCCUUUGCUGGUUCACUCCCCUGCUGCAUGCAAAGGCUGGCUGUGGCUCAGACUAGAGCAGGAAGCCGGGAACCCAGUGACGCGAGCCAUCACUCGCUGCCUCCCCGGGCCUGCAUUAGCAGGGAGCUGGACUCAGGAGGCAGGGCUAGGAUAGGACCCAGACACUCCGAUGUGGGGUGCAGGUGUCUUAACUGCUGAGCUAAAUGCCCACUCCGGCAUCACACUUUCAAAACAGAAGCACAGUGCCAUCAUCGCACACAUCACGAUGAACAAUUCCUUCCUCUUAUCUGAUACCCGGUCCGCGCUCAAUUUUCUCCAGAUGGCCUUGAGAAUACCUUGUUAGGGUUUGUGGGAGUCAGGAUGCGAACAAUGUCUUCUCGCCGUCUCGGGUUGCUCUGUCUCACCAAUUUCUGGAUCUGUCAGCCGAGAGAGGGCGGUUCAAGGGAACCUCUUGGAACGAGUCAAAUCUGAGCUGAGGCCUGAAGGAAACGCAUGAGGAACCUGCGGAGGAAGAGCUGAGGAAUCGAGACGAGCAAAGGUCCUGGGGCAGCAUUGUGUGGGGAGGCUCCAGUGGCUGCAGGGAGGACAGGGGAAAACAGAAGGGGAGGGAGGAUGGAAGGAGGUGUGGGUGUGGUGUGGGUGUAGGGGGUCACCACGUCAUGGCUGGGCUUGCAAGCCGUGCUCAGGUCUCUGUUAUUUUUUCCCAGUGCGAGGGAGCGCCCUGGGAGAGUUGCGGAUGUGCCCGCAUCCCCCGGCCUGCUGCUGUCCCCGGCCUUGACCGCCCUCUCCUGUCCGGAGUGGACACUCUGGAUGUCCCCCACCCUGAAUCAUACCUCUUUAGCCAGGGAGGGCAGCCAUCUCCCUGUUGUGGGUGUCGCCUGCCAGCAGCCCCUAGCAGCACCUGUCCAGAGAACUGCCCAUAGGCACUGCCGAGUCUGGAGAUGGGUGGGCCUUUGCCUUCCAGAGGGUGGCCCACAGCCAGUGGCUGGCUAUGCGCAGAUAGGAAAAGUGGGCCUCCCUGGACAGGCAUUUGGUCUAGCCGUUAAAAGCGCACACCUAGGGGCCAGCACUGUGUGGUAGUGGGCUGGGCCUCUGCCUGCAGUGCUGGCAUCCCGUAUGGGUGCCGGUCGGAUCCCAGCUGCGCUGCUCCCCUUCUGAUCCAGCUCCCUGCUAUGGCCUGGGAAAGCAGUAGAAAAUGGCUCAAGUGGGAGACCCACGUGGGAGACCCCGAGAAAGCUCCUGGCUCCUGGCUUCAGAUCAGCCCAGCUCUGGCUGUUGUGGCCAUUUAGGGAGUGAACCAGCAGAUGGAAGAUCUUACAGCCUGGCCCCUUCUCUCUGUCUGUAACUCUGCCUCUCAAAUAAAUGAAUAAAAUCUUGGGGAAAAAAAUGAAGUAGCAGCUCGCACCUCUCAUCUGAAUGUGUGGGUUUGAGCCCCGGCUCUGCCUCCAAUUCCAGCUCCCUGCUCACACGCACCCUGGGAGGCAGCAGGUGAUGGCUCAAGUACUUGGGUCCCCGCCACCCACGUCGGAGACCUGGAUGGAGUUCCAGGCCCUCAGCUUCAACCUGGCCCAGCCCCACCCAGCUGUUCUGGGCAUUUGAGAAGUGAACCAGUGGAUGGCUUGCUCGCUCUCUCUCUCUCUCUCUCUCUCUCGCUCCCCCUUUCAAAUUAUAAAUAAAUUAACAAAUUUAAAACCCAAAGUGGACCCCUGUGCCUUGGAGCAGGACAGCCAUGUCGCCCUCCAGAGGCCGGAGUCCACGGAAUUUGCAUCUUGGCUGGUGUCACACCUCUUCCGCCUUCUCUCUCUGCCCCCCACAGAGAGCCGCCCCGGAGCCAGUCCCGUGCCAGGAAUCUCCAGCCCGGCCUCUGUUGACCCAAAUAAUGGACCCCCUCCCCGUCCCGGUCCCAUCGGCCUCUCCCUUCCCCAGUGUUUGUGCUUUUUAAACGCCACCAAAAAUGUCACAGGCAGGCUCCUGGCUUGGCUUCCAAGCUCCCUGAUAAAUUCCGCUGGCUGGGCGACCCCACGAGAGGUUUUCUGAGCAAGGAACCCCAUAAAUCACGGCGCUGCCACUCCGGCGUGGGCAAUAUCUUAUGUAAAAAGGUGUUCCCAGGGAGCACCACAGGCGGGAGAAUCCUGUUACAAGCCGCCCCAUUAAUUAUAAGGAGUCAAGUCGACCCUUUCCUGCGAUUUUUUAUCCUAAGUCCUAAAACUGAUUGCCUUCACCGAUCCUUCCCCCUUGCAAAAAGACCUAAAGAAUAAAAUAAAUGUUUGGAGGAGAGAUACGAAAGUUCCCCUUCCAGGGGAAGCAGACAGGGAGAAUGGACCCUUGGCUUCCUUUUAAGGCCGGAGUCGCUGAGUGUCCCGCCCCGCGUGGCGACUUUCCCCGAUCCCUCGGCCCACAGAGGUGGGCUAGAUCCACACUGCACCCCACACCGUGGCUGAGGGAGACUGAGGCUUGCCUGAAGGCCCAUGGUGUAGCCUGUUCUUUCAAGUUGGUGAGGUGGGCAGACGCUGGGCCUGGAUGGUUGUUUAAAGAACUGGGUUCAAAUCCCACUUCUGCAGCUUGGUAGUUGGGAUGUGGGCAGGUGAAUGUCUUUUCUUUUUAAAGAUGUGUUUAUUUAUUUGAAAGUCACAGUUACACAAAGUGAAAGAGAGAGACAGAGUGGCGGGGGAGAGAAUGAAUAUUUUCAUCUGCUUGUUUACUCCCCAAAUGGUAGCAACAUUUGGGCAGAAGCCAAGAGCCAGGAGCUUCCUCCAGGUCUCCCAUGUGGGUGCAGGGCCCGAGCACUUGGGCCAUCUUCUACUGCUUUCCCAGGCCAUAGCAGAGAGCUGGAUGGGAAGCAGAGCAGCUGGGACUCAAACCCGUGUCCAUAUGGGACGCCAGCAUCGCAAGCAGCAGCGCCAGCCCCAGGUGACUCAGAGGCUCCCAGGGAGAGACCUGUGUGGGGUACAAGCUGGUGUGUUUGUCACCAGCAAUCUGAGCAGUGACAAACCCACAGCAGAUCCACACAUGUCACCCUCCUCAGCCUUGAACCACCCCAUGCCCUCUGGGUGCAUUUAGGCCAAAGGGUCAACCUCUUACCUGGGCCUCCAGGGCGGGCCUUUGGGGUCCCAUUCUUCAUUCUUUCCCCCAAUUUCCCACUGAGCAGCUCCAUUGGUCUGUCUGUCUGUCUCUCUCUCUCUCUCUCUCUCUCUCUGACAGGCAGAGUGGACAGUGAGAGAGAGACAGAGAGAAAGGUCUUCUUUUUUCCAUUGGUUCGCCCCUCAAUGGCCACUGUGGCCGGUGCACCGUGCUGAUCUGAAGGCAGGAGCAGGUGCUUCUCCUGGUCUCCCAUGUGGGUGUAGGGCCCAAAGACUUGGGCCAUCCUCCACUGCACUCCCGGCCCACAGCAGAGAGCUGGCCUGGAAGAGGGGCAACCGGGACAGAAUCCGGCGCCCCGACCAGGACUAGAACCCGGUGUGCCGGUGCCGCAGAUGGAGGAUUAGUCUAUUGAGCCGCGGUGCGGGCCUCCACUGGUCUCUUUGUCCUCCUGGAACACACUGAGCUUGCUCCAGCCUCGGGGCCAUCUUCUGUGCCAUUCCUUCUGUCUGGCACACGAUUGCCCCGGCUCUCAGCCGAGCCAGCAACUUCACAUCCAGGCCUUGGCUGUCAUGUCCCCUGCUCAGAAGGGCCGCCCAGGCUGCAGGCUGCCCUGAUACCGGGUCCGGGGUGAGGGAGAGAGGCACUCGCCUUGGGAGCGAAAGGUGGGAGUCAGAGUCAAGGUCAUCCCAUCAUAUCGUGAUGAAAUCACUUUCGUGGAAUGAAAGUGAGAGGCAGGCACUGGCGCAGCAGUUAGGACACUGCUGGGGACGCCUCCCUGUCACAGGGCCUGGGUUUGAGUCCUGGCUCCAUGGCCAACUCCAGUUUCUUGAUCUCGGAGCGUUCGGUGCCUGCCCUCCCCCCUCCUUCAACCUUGUGCCCAGGGGGUCUUUGCAUUUGCUGGACCCAGGUUUGUCUCUGCUAAACACCCCCUGACACUCAGAGUCUCUCCCCUUCCUCACCGGCUCGUCCGGCCGCUGUUUGCGAUCCUUGCUCCUUUUCUCUGUGGUCCCUAACUGUCCUCCCCAGGGGACAUCAGCUCUUCCAGGGCUUGGACCAAACCUGCACUGCUCACAUCUGCAGCCAGGAGCUUGGCACAGCGCCCAGUGCCUGCUAUGUCUCCAGCAGACGCUCGCUGGAGAGCUGAACGGAUGACCAGCGAGAAUAAAUUCCCACCCCCAAACCUGUGUGGCCACCUAAGGUGUUGCUGGUUCCAGGCAUCCGGGGCCCCCACCUCAUUCAUGUUGUUCUCGAAGCCAUCAGUGCUGUUUGGGAGGAAAACAUGAACUGGUCUGUGAGUGGAGAAACAGUAUCUCUAGAUAGGACCUGUGGAAAUAGACAUACUGAGACAGGAGGCGGUGCCACUACAUUGUAACUUCUGUUAAUUCAAGUCUGCAAGCCUGAGCCUGCAGAGUAUUUGCUAAGUGUUAGGGGGCAUUGACCACAUGCUAACUCCCGAGACUGCCCUUAGAAGGACAGGAGAGGGGCAGGUGUUUAGUGCUGUGGUUAAGGAGCUGUGCCAGGGGGCUGUAAACCUUAUCAGAGUGCCUGGCGUGGAGGGCUGGCUCUGCUUCCGACUCCAGCUUCCUGCUAACGCGGAUCCUAGGAGGCAGCAGGUGAUGGCUCGAGUCCUUGGGUCCCUGCCCCUUGCUUGGGGUUCCCAGCUCCUGGCUUCAGCCUGACUCAGCCACAGCUGUUGCAGACAUUUGGGGAGUGAACCAACAGAUUGGGAGACCUCUGCCUUUUAAAUAAAAUGAAAACAAGUUCGAAGUUCAUGGGGAAAAGGGACUAAAAGAUAAGUUUAUUAGAAAAGCAAUCAGAAGGCUGGAAGAGAAUGGAAAAGAGCUAUUUCCUCCCUGGUAUCUGGCACCUCUGAGGCACGUGGUUUCUCCAGGGGCCGCAUCGCACGCCCCAGGAGGCCCUGCCUGGGUGAAGUCGCCCUCUGGCCGCAUCACAUGAGGGCGCUGCCCUGGGCAUCAGUGAUCCGGGAAAGCGCGCUCUGCAAGGGGGGCUGGGGCCAGGCUUCGCCGCGUGUGGGGCUUAGGCUUGUGGCUGGGUUUGGGGUAUUCAUUAGGCCCCUGAAUAUAAUAAAACAGCCUUUCGUUUUCUCGUGGACUUAGCGAGGUGAAACAGAAGGUGCACGUAGCAAUUUAAAAGUCAAUAGCUCGGCCGGUGCCGCGGCUCACUAGGCUAAUCCUCCGCCUGUGGCGCCGGCACCCCGGGUUCUAGUCCCGGUCAGGGCGCCGGAUUCUGUCCCGGUUGCUCCUCUUCCAGGCCAGCUCUCUGCUGUGGGCCGGGAGUGCAGUGGAGGAUGGCCCAAGUCUUUGGGCCCUACACCCGCAUGGGAGACCAGGAGAAGCACCUGGCUCCUGGCUUCGGAUCAGUGCUGUGCGCUGGCAGCCGCGCGCUGCUGGGGCCAUAGGGGGGUGAACCAACAGAAAAGGAAGACCUUUCUCUCUGUCCCUCUCUCUCUCUCUCACUGUGCACUCUGCCUGUCAAAAAAAAAAAAAAAAAAAAAGAGAAA